AUGGGUCCCAGGGGCUGCAUUGCAUUGGUCAGCUGUGCAGCUCUAAAUUCUGGGAAAUACCAUACUGACACAGGCUCUGCUCUUAAAAUCCAGCUGCUGGCGUCCUCGACGCUUUACAACUUAACUCUAAUUUCAAAACUCGAAGAACUAAAAACAGAAGGGGCGAAAGCAAGUUUCCGGCUUUUAAACCAGAUGACCCUAGUUGACAACACCCGUUAUCAAACUGUUCAAGAAAAGGCUUCUGCAGUAACAGUCUUCUAUAGUCGUCUUGGAAACUAUCCAUGCUACUGGGUUCAGACGGCUGCAACAAACUACACAUGUGACGGAGGUAGAUUCAAGAUGAAAUUGGAAGCCUCUGCGUCCAACUUUUCAACCCAUAAACCAUGA